UACUUCAUUUGCCAUUUUGCCCUCGCCAGAUGAAGUGAACAACAGUGCUAAGUAAUCAUUUGCAGUGCCAUACAUAUAUAUGUUUAAAUUAAUUAAAACACAAAAAUGCUAAGAAGAACCUUAUUACGUGUCGGCCUUUGCAUACUACUGGUGCAGCACAUAACGGAUGGUGAAAUCGAAAACAUUGAUGGCUUACAGAAUAAAGACAUUGUUUUAUGUCCAGUCUUCGAAGGUGAAUUGGAAGAAAUUACAUGGAAGUUGGGCGACAAUAAAAUUGCAGAAUAUGAUUUAUUUAAAACAAUAUUAUAUUAUGGGGAUUUCAAGAAUCAAACAGAAUUAAACAUUACAAGUGGGUGCCUGAAAAUGAAUAAUAUCACAGAUCGGUGGGAUGGAUUGUACACAGCAGAACUACAGAUUAACGAACAGCUGCAGUACCUGAAAUUCAAACUAAAAGUGUACAGACCAGUUUCCAAACCACAUGUAACCUGCACUGUCACCGAUUCUAUAGUCACUCUACUCUGUGAGGGAGAUGAGAGCCUGGGCAACCACUACAGAUGGGAAGAUCGUGAGAACAAGGCGCUUCUUGAGGGAAAAAAUCUGACACUUUCAAAAGAAGAGAACGAUAACAUAGAGUACACAUGCAUUUUCAGCAACAUCAAGAGUGAAGCGAGAAGUGACCCUGUUAAAAACUGCUUUGUCACAGUUUUAGGUGGACGUUCCCAUGUAUGGGUACUGAUACCUGUGGUAGUAGCACUGAUAGUCUGUGGUUAUAAAUAUUCACAGUCAAAAGAUUCAAUGUUGCAUAAAACCAACAAGUGUGACAAGCGUGACAGUGAACAUAAGCCAGAUUUUGCCAUUAACAUGGAAUCCACUGACCAAGCUAGGAAGCAGGAGGAUCAAGCAAGUUCAGAAAAGACCUCUGGAAACAGCAUGUCAAAGGGCACCAACAGUACAGAGGAAAAUUCAGGGAGAGAGGAACGGCCAAAUGUAGAGUCUGAAAAAGAUCCUCUAGUGAACAGUGAAAUUGGAGACGAUGCAACACGUCUUUAAUUUUUCUAGGAAAGAAGAAAAUGCUUAAAGGUAUAUUUAGGUAUUUGUCAGUUUUUAGGGUCCUAUUUAAAAAAGUAGUUCCCUAUAUGCUGUUUGUAACCGGCUGUUCAUUUGCCUGUCUGUCCAUUCAUCUGUCACAUUCCACAUGGGGAACACGAUAACUGGCGUCAGCAGAGUGUUAUCAUACAUUCUUAGCUGGCUGGAGACUUUUUGUAUGCAUUUGGCUAUAAUCCGAUAAACUUGAUUUUAGCUAAUAAAUUAAUUGCUCAUUACUGGAAAAAUUAUAAUAUCCCUGACAUAUCUAUGUGGCUUAGGGAGAUUUCUUGAUAUAUCCCUUGUGAAAAAAUACUGUAUAAUUUAAAAAAAUAAACCAGAUCUAUUUGAAAAGGUAUGGGGAGGAUUUUCUGCCUUAACUCCUAAACUCUUCAGCUACCACGUAAUACAGUUCCCGACUAGAUGAGUGAGGGUCAAGGGGGGUCAACAGGCAAAAGAUUUGUGAUUGUAAUCCAUGUUUUAUAUAUGUUAUACCUUUUAAAAACUCAAUAAACACAAAGUAAAAAAAAACCAAAACAAACAGUUGUCGAUGUAUUCGCUGGUUCCUGGUGUCUGUAUAGUCGAAGGUAUUUAGAGAAACAAUCAUAUGUGGUAUCUAGAAAACAGUCCAUAGAGAUAGAGAACCAGUGAGGCCAUGCACUGUACGAUAUGCAGCAUAAAUGUGUCUGGGUAAGAACAAUUAUCUGUUUUUAAAUGAAAUUUUCCAGCAGAAAGACAUUGUAAGUGCAAAAUCUAUUAUCCCUGCCAGUGAUGAAAAUUUGAAAGACCAGAGCCAGGGAUAUAAAAAGCAGAGCUAGGGAAAAACAGUAGUUUUAUAUUGUGAUACUGUGAUUUGUAUUUUAAACCUUUAAAAGUAUAAUGAUUGUUGCAAUUAAACAUAUUUCUUUAAGAACAUGACCAAUAAAAAAGAUGGACAUUCAAUAGAAGUGGAUUUAAAUUAACUUAAGGGGAGGCUUGCCAUUGGAUUCUAUUGCCAUUGAAAAACAUACUGCCUAGUAAGGUGGAGUAUGACAUCACCAAACCCGAUAUGGAGUUCACUUACUGAUCAUGAGCUCUGUUUUAUUUUUUAUCUUGGGUGCAAUGUACAUGUAUGUUUCAUUUUAAAUUGAAGUCUGUGCAAUUUCAUUAAAGUCACAUGCAGCAUACUAAUAUUAGGACAUACUAGGCCAUAUUUUCAAAUCAUUUACUCCAGUUUUGAAUGAACUCCUUUUAGGACAUAGUGAGUCAUAUUUGGUGUCCCAUUUUGUGAAAUUACAAAAUGAUGCGUACACAUUUUUUUAAACUUAAUAUUUUAUUUAAAA